GGUUAUGGUUAAGUUGCGCAGACUCGUUAUGGCCACAUGAUAAAAGAGGUGAUAUGUUGUAUGACCAACGUUGCAAGCAUCGUGGCGUAUUAGACAGAUUUGUCAAUUAAAUACAAUGAGUAUAAUUUAUUAUACGUGAAAACAAUGUGACAUUUAACAAAUGUUUAUUAUUAUCUUACACUGAAAUAGGUAGAAGAUGCUAAAUCGUUUACAAGGUUGAUAAUCGUAUAUAUAUUUAUUGUAAACAUUAUCUCGUGUGUCUAUUUUACGUAAGCAAAUGGCGCUAUGACAACCCCUAUGUGCGAAGAUGUUGGGCCUUUAAGAGAAUGGGCCCCACUUGCUGCGCUUUUACAAAAAAUUCCUACUAAAAUCCAAAAUGGUUUAUUCACUUAUGAUGUUAAUUUUACUUGCAUCGAUGCAGUGCCUGAAUUCAUAGCUGUAGGAACUAAUGUUGGUAUUAUUUAUUGGUACAACAGAGAAAUACAAGACCUGCAGAAACUCCGAUGCGAGAGUAUAAAUUCAAAAAUUACCUGUUUACGAGUUAUAUCAACCGUUGAUUAUAUGGUUGCAGCUGGUAAUGAACAUGGAGUUGUUACAGUUUUUCAAAUACCUAAAAAUUUUCCUGACACAUUACCUGAUUGUAUAAAACCAAAACAGAUGAAGCAGAUUGAGAAGUACAAUAUAAGUGGUUUACACAAAGGUGUAGUGACAACAGUUGAAUGGUCCAAGAAUGGGAUGAAGUUAUUUAGUGGAGAUCAAAAUGGUUUAGUGGUACUAACGGAAAUUGAUUUUUAUAUGCAUCUUUCUAAAUCCAUUGAAUUAUUAAAUGAAAAAUAUUCUAUCGUACAGCUGAACUAUCAGCAGGGAUUAUUAUUAGUUUCCACAAUAUUACGUACGAUAUUAGUAAAUAGAAAUGAAGGAGGAAAAGUAAUACAAGUUGGUCAAAAGGAACGUAAAAAUUUAGGUAAGUUGGGUGCAGUAUUUGGUAUCCGCCAAAAUCGUCCGCAAGAUCUUGUAAUUUAUGCUAGUAGGCCCGGUUUAAGACUAUGGGAAGCAGAUCAAAGCGGAACAGUUUCUAAAACUCUUAUAUUUAAGGAUGCAAUUAGGUCUGUCCACACAGAGGUAAAAUUAUUAAAUCCUGCUCCAGAAAGUGCAAAGAGAAACCGUGGAGAGCCAACAUUUGGCAUAAUGUUGCCAUUUUGUGAAGAUUUAUUAUUAACAUAUAGCGAUGAUAUAAUAUAUGUCGUAAAUCCACGUACCAUUGCUAUAACAUCUGUUGUAACGGACGUACGUCGAAUUACUGACGUCGCUUGUACUAAGGAUGAAAUAUUUAUUUUGGAAGGAGACAGAAACAUUAUACGUAUUGCAUACUUUCCCGAUACUAGUACAUUUAAAGAUUCCACAUCACCUUUUCCCGAAUUAAGUAAGUCAGUUACUGCCGGUAUAAUGGAACUUACUAAUAAACUUAGAGAAACUACCAUUAUGCCAGCUAUUCCAUUCCAUAAAAUUAAUCCAACUAAUAUAAUUCAAUCUGUGAGUAUUACAUCAAAUAUUAACACUGGUACAGAAACAAAUCUUAUAGCAGAUGCGGAAGAAGCUAUGGAAAUACCACGUGUCAUUCCAAUAGACUUGGAUACAAGAUUACUAGUGGAUAUUAAUAAAACAGCAAAAGAUGAGGAAGCAGCUAAAAAAAAAGAAGAUGAAAAACAAAAUUUAAGAAGACAAAUAUUCGAUAAGAUUAGUCAACAAGAAUUUGAAGAUGUUGUUUUCACGCCAGAAAAAAAAAAUAAAAAAUUACGUAGCAAGUCACAAAAUAGAGAUAAACCUCAAGUAUUCCCUUGUAACGAGAUUUAUAAAGCAUCUUGUUCUACUAAAAAUGAAGUACAAAGCAAGAUAACAUAUUCUUCAUAUCUGUCAACAAGCAUUGAUGAUGAGUUUAUGUUAACAUCCAAACGAAAUCUGGAAUCAAUUCAACGAGACGUUGAGAAUAAAGAGAAAUUAUUAGCAGAUAUUCUUGAUCUUGAUUUAUAUAAAUAUAAAAAGGACACUGAUACUACUGAUAAAGGAAUUGACACUAAUAAUUUUAAUAAUCUCAUUGAUACUGAUUCACGUGUUAUAUGCCUAUCAGAAUCUUAUAAUUUUUCUACAGAAUUAAACAUUUAUGAAAAGGGUGAAGAUAAUCAAGACAGUGAUCAAACACUGACUGAAUCAGGGGAUGAUGAAGCCAGCUAUCAAACAGAGUUAAAAAAGUUGGAGGAUCUUGAAGAAUGUAGGAAAGAACUAUUACAAAGUAAAUUAAAGGAUCGAGAAUUAAUUACUUUGGAAGAUUUACAAGAUACUCCACAUCAUUCAGAAGGAACAAACCACUCUGAUCUUGAAGCUCAAUUCACAGUAUUAUCAGAAGAAGUGAUAGCAUCGGCCAUUCUUGAAGAUGAAGACUGGGUUGUGAUUAAAACACAUCCCAAAUUGUAAAAUAAUAUUGAUUAAUAUGGAUAAAAAAAAUUCGUGAAAGGAUUUAUUUUUUAAUUAUUUUGCAAAAUUAAUUUUUAAAUAAUGCGACCUCCUUGUAUACAACUUUGCAUUUAUAAUAGAUCAAGGAUAAGGAAGUCACUUAUUUUGUAUACAUGACAAACACGGUAUAAUUACAGACAAAUUGUUUCUUUUGUUUUUUUUUCUUUUUUUUUUUGUAAUAAUGUAUUA